AUACAAUACCUCUUUACUUUUAAAGAGUAUUCAAAAAUCUUAAUUGAAUACACCUAGAUUUUAAAAGUCAAUAAAAGUCAUUAAAAAUCAUGAUACAAUACCACCCCCUAAAUAUAAGUUUACAAGUCAUUUGCAGGCUGCCCUAGUUCGUAAUGGGGUUCGAACAUUUAUGGGUGAUCAUGAUGAUCCUGAUCUAAGUAACGGAGAAGUAAUCUCAGACUCGGUGCUCCAAGCUAUUAAUCAUUCCAAGACUUUCAUCGUCGUCUUCUCAAAAAAUUAUGCUUCUUCACCUAGGUGCCUUGACGAGCUCGUUGGUAUCUGUCAAUUUGAAAAAACUAGAUUGAUUAUACCGGUGUUUUACAACAUUGAUCCAUAUAUGGUGCAGCAUCUAACUGGGCGUUACAAAAAAGCUUUUAGGAAGCAUGAAGCUAGCCCUAAAACUGGGUGGUUUAAGAAAACUUCUAAAGAACAUCAAAGUCGAUUUGCUCAAUUGGAGAAAGUAAAUGAGUGGCGUCUUGCACUAACAGGAGUUGCCGGCCUUUCAGGAGAAACUGUUUCGGUGGACAGGUCUGAAUCUGAUGUCAUCAAUCAAGUUGUUAAUAAGGUUUUAUCAGAAACAAAGACGAUGUCUUUGGAUGUUACUAAAUAUCCAGUUGGGUUGGAUUCUCGUGUUAAAGACAUAGCAUCGUUGUUGAGCACUGACACAGAAGUUGUCACUAGGAUUGGUAUAUAUGGUAUGGGUGGAAUUGGCAAAACAACUCUGGCAAAAGCUGUGUAUAACCAAAUCUAUUUCAGAUUUCAGGGUAGCAGCUUCCUGGAGAACAUUAGUGAGAUUUCAAGAACAGAAAAAGGUGUAGUAUGCUUACAACAGAAACUUAUUGAUGAUAUUCUUAGAAGUAAGAAAAUCAAGAUUGACAGUGUUGACCAUGGAAUUGAGUUGUUAAGCACUAGAAUCUGUUCGACGAAAGCUCUGGUUGUUAUUGAUGAUUUGGAUAACCCCAGACCACUGGAAUUUUUAGGACCAUUUGCUCCGGGAAGCAUAAUCAUAAUAACAACAAGAAAUGAAGAUGUACUUGAUUCAAUCAAUGUUGAAGCAAAAUACAAGGCAAAUGAAUUAAGCGACGAAGAGUCAUGGCAACUUCUUACUAAGCAUGCAUUCAGAGACGGUAAAAUAUCCGAUAGAUUCAAAGAAGUAUCCCAAGAAAUUCUAAAAUGUGCUGGAGGGCUUCCGUUGGCUCUUGAGGUUUUUGGCUCGAACUUGUAUAAGAAAUCUGAGGAAGAAUGGACAUGCAUUGACAAAUUGAAACGAGACUCUAUUGAUGAUGUUGAGAAAAAACUUGUGAUUAGCUUUGAUGCCUUAAAACUCGUUGAUCCCAUUUUGCAGGAUAUUUUCCUAGAUAUUGCUUGUUUUUUCAUUGGAUGGUAUGAAGAAGAGGUUGUUAAAAUAAUGGAAACUUGUUAUACCUUUGUCAAUCAUCGUAUUGACAUUCUAAAAAAAAGAUGUUUACUAAUGAUUAAUUGUAGACAUGAGUUGGGGAUGUGUGAUCUGCUUCGGGACAUGGGGAGGAAAAUUGCCGGUAACGAUUCCCCUAAUGAGCCUGAAAAACAUAGUAGAUUGUGGGUAUCAAGAGAUAUAUGUGACAUAUUGAAAAAUCACAAGGGGACGAAAGCAAUUGAAGGUAUCAUCACUAGCAACUUUAACUGUGAGGAUGCACUUGAGGGAGUAUCAUUCGAUACGGAAACUUUCAAAAGGAUGAGGAAAUUAAGAUUUCUCUCCCUAAAAAAUGUAGUUCUCACUGGAAGCUUUAAGAAACAUUCGAAGAAUUGAGGUGGCUCAGCUGGGAUGGUUGUCCUUUGAGAUGUUUACCUCCUGAAUUUUACCCGCAAAAGCUUGUUAUCCUUGAGUUGCCUCAUAGCAAACUGGAAACAAUGUGGGAGCCAAACAUGGAUUUGCAUGUUUUUGGAAAGUUAAGGACAUUAAACAUGUCGUAUUCUCUACGUUUAACUACAACUCCAGACUUCACCAAAUUACCGAGCCUUGAAACAUUAAAUCUUGAGUACUGUGAAAGCCUGGAGGAGGUACAUGUGUCAAUUGGAAGUUUAGUGAGACUUGUUUCCCUAAAUUUGUGCGAGUGUGUAAGCCUAAAACGACUUCCGGACAGCAUUUGCAACUUAAGAGCAUUGAAAAAUCUAAAAUUGGUGGUUGUAGUAAUUUGGAAGCAUUGCCUAUGGAACUGUUGGGCAUUGAAUCUCUAACAGAGUUCCAUGAUGAGGUAUUAAAUGUCUUAAACAUAAUAGAUAGGAGUGUACAUAUCAGUGAGAUUGUUGAGAUGAACUCAGGUGAACAUGAUUACCUUCAAACUCCAUCACAUUCUGCUUCCAUUUCAGCCUAUACUGGCUGGGACGUUUUCUUGAGCUUCUGCAAUGAUGACACUGGAUUAACGCUUACCGAGCAUUUGCAUUAUGCCCUAUGUAUUCUACAUAUUCUUACAUUUAAGAAUGAUACUCAGCUAGUGGGGGAAGCAGUAUUGUCAGGCACAGUGCUCCAAGCUAUUCAGGAAUCCAGUAAUUACAUUGUUGUCCUAUUGGAAAAUUAUGCUUCUUCAAGUUUUUGUCCCGAUGAGCUGGUUGAGAUUCUCCAUUCUAGUCGAACAAUGGAAAAAUUGAUUAUUCCUGUGUAUUACAACAUUACUGCGUCCUCUGUAAGAUGACAAACUGGUAGUUACAAAAAAGCUUUUGAAAAGCAUCAAGUUCGUUACAAAGGUGAUAUGGAGAAAGUUAACAGAUGGCGCCUUUCGCUCGCUGAAGUUUCAAGGUUUCCAGGAUACCAUAUAUCAAAGAGCAGGUAUGAUCUGGACACUGUGCAAGAAAUUGUGGAGGAUAUGGCAGCAAAGUUAAAAAGAAAAGUGUUUCUCUUAGGGAGUUAUCUGUUUGGAAUAGAUUCUGCUGUAACAGAGAUAUAUCAAAUGCUAAGACUAGAGUCAAUUGAUGUUCGCGUUGUUGUGAUAUGUGGGAUGGGUGGAAUUGGGAAGACCACAAUUGCCAAAGCUUUCUGCAACAAAUAUUCCAACAGAUUUCAUAUCAACUGCUUUAUUCAAAAUGAAUAUCAGCACUCACAAGGAGGUGGUAUGCUUGCUUUACUUGAGCAAAUGUCAGCUCAACUUCACAGAAUAGGGACUUACAGGGUCACAGAUGUUCAAGGGGAAAUAAGAAUAAUAAAAGAUAUUCUUUCUUCUCAGAAAGCUCUCAUUAUUUUGGAUGAUCUGCUCCAACAAAGCACUUUGCUGCUGCUACGAACGCUGCACAACAAUUUUUCACCUGGAAGUAGAAUUCUUAUUACUACAAGAGAUAGGAAGCUGUUAAAUCAGUUAAAAAUAGAUAUGCCAGAAGUAGAUAUAUAUAUGGUGAAAGCAUUGGGGCGAAAUGAUUCAUUGAAGCUCUUUAGCUCACAUGCCUUCGGAAUGACAAUGCCGCCUGAAAGGUUCAGAGAACUCUCAGCAAGCUUUGUAACUUAUGCUGAUGGUCUUCCAGUAGCUCUCACUCUGUUGGGUAGGUCUUUGUACGGUAGAAACGACGUGUCGCUCUGGAAACUUGAACUCGAACAAGUUCUAGAAAGACCACAGGAAGAUAUACAGAAAAUCCUUCAACGGAGUUAUGAUGCAUUAGAUGAGAAUGAGAAGGCAAUCUUUCUUAAUAUUGCAUGCUUUUUCGUCGGAGAGGACAUAUAUGAGGCUUUUCAUUUAUUCAAAUCUCGUAAUUACUUCCCACAAGUUAGCAUACCGAUUCUAGUGGAAAGAUGUCUUCUAACAGUUGAUAGAAACAACAAGUUUCAAAUGCAUAAUCUUAUCCAAGUAAUGGGAAGGGAACUUGCGAAGAGUAGAAAACAUCUGUUGUUAAAAGGCAAGGAGCGCUACUUUGCCGUACAGAAGUAUAAGUAAGCGGCUGGGAAGGAUUUUCAGACACUACAGGUCUGAAGCUGAUAUUAUGGAGGCAACUUUAGAUCUUGAUGGUGAUACCAGAGAAGGAGAUACAAGAUAUCCUUUAACUGAGUUACGGUGAAUUACACGGGACUGAAAAGGCAAUCUUUCUUAUUAUUGCAUGCUUUUUCAUCAGAAAGGACAUGGAUAAGGCUGUUCAUUUAUUCAGAUCUGGUAAUUUCUUCCCACUAGUUGGCAAUACCAGUUCUAGUGGAAAGAUGUCUUUUAACACUUUGAUAAACACAAGAAGUUUUUGUUAAAUACAACACGCUUCAAAUGUAUAAUCUUAUUCAAGUAAUGGGAAGGUAACUUGUGAA